AUGCCGUCUCCAGAACAGCUGAUAGCACACUACCUCAAGACCAACAACCUCAUACAGACGCUGCGCUCGUUCGAGCUCGAGCUCAACCAGAAGUUUGACUAUUCCGUGGACGAGUCGCUCGAGACCAUCUUGAAAGACAGAUACGAGUAUCUGUCGUUGCAGUCUCUGGACCUCAAAUCUACUGUCAGGCCAGAAUGGACGGUUGAUAUCCCGCAGACACAAUCUCGACUACCAUUGGGGAACAUGGGCUCGCUGGUCAUCUACUCAUCGAGUUUCAGUGCUCUGGUGGGCGGUCAGGAGCUCGAAGUCGCUGUCUUUGUCACCAACGACAGAGAAGUCCAUAUGUUUGAUCUGGUUGCACAGAAAAAGCUCGCUAACAGAAGCGAUCUCCACGGAUCGACGCCCACAAAGCUGGCUGUUGGAAUUGACGGCACAAACGUGUUUCUUUCGUGCGGAAUGGACGGCAAGAUGCGGGUUUGGAAAGUGUCAAACGAGUCUUUUGAGCUGGAGCUGUUGGCAGAAGAACAGAUCCACCAGCGUCUCAUUUUGGAUUUGAAGUACCAUCCGAUCGACAAGAACACGGGAUACACGAUCUCCAUUGGCUGGGACCGCAAGCUGACAGCCACUAUUGUUGACUUACGUUCUGGAUCCAUCACCAAGCUUAACUCGAUCACACUAAUGACCAAAGGAACGUGUAUCCACACUUCCACCGACAAAUCGGGGUAUCCGCUAAUUUUGGUUGGCCGAACAGAUACAUCCAUGGUUGGAGUAUUCACAAUUGCCGACAUGCUAUUUGAGAUCGGUCGUAUAGCCCUGAACGACUCGGAGUUUUCGAGCCACUCUUUUCAGCCGAUGCAAAUUGUCACCACCUAUUCUGGCUCCGCAGUGGUUGCAACCAACCACGUUCCCUACAUGCGACUCAUCACGUUAGAGAUCCCUACAAUCGCCAAUCUAGUUGGAUGCGGCGACGUUGGAGUGUCCGAAAGAUUGAAAGAAAUGAGUCUUACGGCUACAGAUACGGAGUCCUUCCAAAGUGAUGUCACUAUUAAGCGCAACAUAAUUAUUUCCAACUACAACUCGAUGUCUCCGCAAGACAAAUUCUCCGAGCCCAUCAUACUUGCGCGGCCGCAGAAGCUGGGUGUGUGGGUAUGCGGAGACGACGGUGUUCUUCGCGGAUUUGAUUUGGGAACAGGCGUGGUUGCAGAAGAGCUCCAGACUCACGAAAGUCGGAUUAAAUCUGCCUUCAUCACCAGCAUUGGCGGCAAGGAAACCGUUGUGACCAGUGGGGCGCUCGAUAGGGUCAUCAAGGAGUGGAAGUAG